CGCUGCUGCAUAAGAAGAGUGGAUAUCUACCAGCACAGAGUGCAUCGAUGGGGCGCAGAGAUAUUUAGCUAUUUACCUGGGAAACACACAGAGACAGUAUUCCAUGUCUUUCCUCUGCCCCGUCAUUGAUGGGAAAUCAACUGGAUCGGAUCACCCACCUGAAUUACAGCGAGCUGCCCACAGGGGAUCCAUCAGGGAUAGAGAAGGACGAAUUGAGGGUCGGAGUGGCUUAUUUCUUCUCGGAUGAAGAGGAAGAACUGGACGACAGAUCGCAGUCGGACAAUUACAAAGACCAGAGCCCUAGUAAGGACGGUCACGUAGUUUUGAACGAGAUAGAGUACUCAGCUUUCUGUUGCCAGGAAUGCAUUUUCUCCAAAUUAAGAGAAAACGAAGAUUUGAAUAUUUACUCGGUGAAAACUUUGCUCACCAUGUGCAAGCCAGGGGACCUACUGGAACUUGUCGCCAACGAUCAACCGCCGCAUUGGGCGAUUUAUGACAGGAACGACCAAGUCAUUCAUUUGCACAAAGGCGAAAUUCGCAAGGACAGCCUGUUCGAGAUAAGCAAUGGGCGCCUGGGCAGGAUAGUGAACAACCGCUACAGAUAUAGACCGCUUCCCGCUGAUCUAGUGAUGCAGAACGCCAGUGGGCACCUAGGACUGAGCAGCGGGGAGAUUUGCUGGACAAACUCUGAAAGUUUUGCUGCCUGGUGCAGGUUCGGUAAACGGGAGUUUAAAGCCGGAGGGGAAGUACACACCGGAGAACAACAAUAUUUUCUUAAGGUUCAUCUUUCCGAAAAUAACGUGCAUACACUGGUGUUUCACAGUCUGGAGGAUUUAAUAAGAGAGAGGCGCAAGGUGGAUGCCAGCGGAAUCCUGAAGGAGCUGUCUCUAGUUAAUGGGAAGGAGUGAGCACAUUUCCGUUAAUCCCCCUUUAAAUACGGACCUGUUGGGACUUGCAUGCCUUCAACAAGGGCUGCUCCCUAAUUUGCAUAGGGUGUGAUCCUAGUCCAGAGAAAAUCCAGUGAAAAGAAACGGUCCAUGUUCAAGUGGGUAGCUGCCAGAGUUCUUACAGAUGCCCUAAAAUUCACCUUGUACCUUUAAAACCACAUAGCACACAUCUAGGUACUUAGAAUAUUGACAUUUUCAGCUCUACAUGUCCUGCUGCUGCAGAUGGUGCCUAUUCACACUGCCCGUGGUUGUCAGCGAGCACUGUCAAUUUAUUUUUUUACUCUUAGCUUUAAUAUAACAAAACAAUAUUGGCUCAAAAACAUGAAUCCUGGAUCGUUGUUAGUUACAACUCAAGAACGGGCAGUACGUGUUUACGCAAUCGGUAAAAAAAAAAAAAAAAAAAAAAAAAAACA